GCCACCAUUGCCUUUUUAUGAGUACACAUGGACCCAAAUCAUGUUGAGUUCGCUUCAGAUAAUAACAAAGAGUAUGGAAUUCCAAUAUACAAUGAAGUGGAUGCCCCUAUCAGUUCACUGACUUCACUUUCUACUAACAACUUCCUGGAUGAAAUAGCCCUUUUGAAAAGGGGCAAAAUUACUAGAGAUACACCUAAACAUACAUACCGAAGAGGCAGUGCAGAGACUAUCGUUUCUCCAAACUCUACCGCACAAGAAGGCCCCAUAUCUAUGGAAGAAUUGAAUAACAGAGGACUCAUUCUUGGUAAUAAUCGCAUUAUUUACAAUGUCCCACAUGGAGUCCUAAAGGGAAUGGGAAGUGAUAAUAGAAGAAAUGCAAGCAGUACCACGUCUAGAAAAACCAGUUCCACAAUCGAUGAUAGUUCAUUGAAAAUGACAAGUCUUGGUCUAUUGGAUGACGCUAUUCACUCUAAUGUAACUAUGCAAGAGUUCUAUGUUGGUACCCCGGGGGAGCAAGCCAAAAUGAAGAUAAGCAAUCUCGAGGAUGGUAUAAGUUAUCGUUUGAGCAUUUUGGACGAUAUAUGUUUAUUGCAAAGAACUAGCAAAAACACAAUGCUACUUUGUUGGAAGAGUAGAUAAUGGUGGUGACAAUAAAUAUUGACAACUCUAUCGAAAGGA